AUGUGGGUUGGAUGUUGGCCAGCGGGAAUGCAUCUGGAGAGGAUCCAAGCUGCACCUCUUUUUACAUAUCAUUACUUCCGUAAACCACGUCACAUUGUUAAAUCAGAGAAACGCAAUAAUAACAAGGUAAGUGCUUCAAGCAGAGAAGAAACAAAAUCAGAAUCAGAAUUUCAAUCAGAGUCCUCCUUUAAGAAAGUGGUGGAGAAGGGUGUACCGUGUAACGAAUCCGUUGAAGGAAAAGUGCGUUGGGUAAGGUAUCAGAUAAUAGGUAACGGUGCAGAGUUCGAUUCUCCAUUUGGAAGCCGAAUCAUUGUGUAUGCUGAUCACACCGCUUCCGCUCGCAGUCUUCGCUACAAUGAAAACUUCAUUGCCAAUCAUCUUCUUCCUUUCUACGGCAACACUCACACGUGCGACAGUUACGUGGGCAGCAGGACAACAAAAAUGGUACACGAAGCAAAAGAGUACAUUAAAAAAUGCUUGGGUGGUCGGAAAGACGAUGCACUCAUCUUCUGUGGCUCUGGCACAACUGCAGCCAUCAAGAGGCUGCAAGAAGUGAUGGGGAUCACUGUACCCUCUAUUUUGAGGGAAAGGGUUUCCAAGAGCCUUAGCACAGAAGAAAGAUGGGUGGUUUUUGUUGGACCUCAUGAGCACCAUUCUAACCUCCUUUCUUGGAGGCAAAGUUUAGCUGAGGUGGUAGAAAUUGGUCUUGAUCACAAAGGGUUGAUAAACAUGGAUGCUCUAAAGCUACAACUUGAGGCCUACAAAGACGCCAAUCGACCCAUGUUGGGAUCUUUCUCAGCCUGUAGCAAUGUCACAGGAAUCCACUCAGAUACACGAGCAAUUGCUCAGCUUCUUCAUCAGUAUAAAGCCUUUGCAUGCUUUGAUUUCGCAGCAAGUGGUCCAUACGUGGAGAUUAACAUGAAGUCUGGGGAGAGUGAUGGGUAUGAUGCAGUGUUCUUGAGUCCCCAUAAGUUUCUUGGUGGUCCUGACUCUCCUGGGGUUCUCCUCAUGAACAAUGCUCUCUACCGAUUGAGAUCUUCCCCGCCAUCAACUUGUGGAGGUGGAACUGUGGAUUACGUUAAUGGCUUCAACGAAAAGGAUACACUAUACCUGGAGAACAUAGAGGAAAGAGAAAAUGCGGGCACCCCUCCUAUAAUCCAGACAGUGAGAGCAGCAUUGGCAUUCUGGGUGAAAGAGUACGUCACCUACAAAGAGAUUGAGAAACGUGAACAAUUUUACAUUAAAAAGGCACUUACGAGAUUAAUGUCCAACGCAAACAUCGAGAUUCUUGGAAACUUGGGCACCAAAAGACAAGCCAUAUUGUCAUUUAUCAUUUAUUCUACCACCAAUAAUAGUUCUUCCUCACCUGGUUGGGGCAUUAAAUGGCUAGAAAACAACCAGAAACAGGAAAAACAAAGAGAACUUAGUUUGUGGAAAGAGACAGAGAGCAAAAGAGGUAAACCACUUCAUGGCCCUUUUGUUGCAACACUGCUGAGUGACCUAUUUGGCAUCCAAGCUCGUGGAGGGUGUGCUUGUGCUGGACCUUAUGGCCACCAAUUGCUCAGUAUCAACAAAUCAAAAUCUCUUGCUAUUAGAUCAGCAAUUCAAGAGGUAUCUUCUCUCAAUGUAAAAUUUGUGAUUCAAAUGAACCUUUUAUAUAAUCAUCACGCAAUACAAAAUUGUUUAUUACUUGAACAGGGUUACGUUGGAGUAAAACCUGGAUGGAUUAGAGUUAGUUUUCCGUAUUACAUGGAGGAGGAAGAAUUUGAGUUCAUCUUAACAGCGAUAGAGUUUGUAGCAAUCUAUGGCCAACGCUUCCUUCCCUUGUAUAGCUUCAAUUUGAGAAACGGAAGUUGGAGAAUGAAGAAAGAGCAACUUCAGGCUCUGAUCAACAACAAUAAUUGCAAUUUUCAGAAAACUACAGGGGAAGCAAAGAGUGAUUUGAAAGCACUCAAAUCAGGUGUGGGAUAUAACAUUGGAACUAAACAAGUUAGUGUGUUAAGGAAAUCAUACCUAGAUAUAGCAAAGUAUAUUGCUAAUCUUCUCCCCAAGUUCCCUUCUCAAGGCAUACUCCAUGAAGAUGUAAAUCCCAAUGUUCUCUGUUUUAGAGUUUAA